AUGGACGCGCACGUCGAUGAGGAUGCAGCACCCGCCGCCCAGAAAUUCAUCUUCUCGAAGCAGGACGAGAGGAGGAUCAGGCGGCGGUGUAUAUGGGCUGCUUUCUUCUUCGAUGCUGUUGCAAUAGCCCUCAUCAUACCUCUUUGCGUCGGUGGUUGGGUUCACAACGCCAAUCAGAGCAUCAUCCAAGACGUCGAAGACAGGCUGGGGGAGCAGGACAAUGUGGAAGCUGGCCCAAUAACGGACCCAGAAGGCCGCUUCGUGGGACCAUCGCCAGCAGAGUUUGCGACAGCCGACGUCGUCACCUCGACACGGGAUGCGCUGGCGUCCUACGGAAUUUACCUGGCAAUCAACAUGGGUACCUGGAUCUUCCAGAUCAUCUCCAAGAGACACCACUACGCUCUCAACGCAUCCCACUACCGCGUAAUGACAGCCGCGCAAGUCCUCGCACUGUUCGCCUUGCUCGUCGCCUCGGGCAUCACGACAGCGGCAGCGUACAAAGCGAAGGCGGCCCUGGACGAAUUUGACGAUGUGUUUCCAUACCAUGCAGUUGGGUCGUCAUUCGCAGCCCUGACGUGGUGCGCCUUCGUCAGCCAUAUGCUUGGAUGCCUCGCCUACGUCGGGGCGGUGUUGAUCUGGCACCGCCUGCAACGGCCGGAAUUGUAUCCACCAGAGCCCGAGGACGAGAUUGAGCGGGCGAGGAGGGCGGGCCCGCGUGGAGAAGUGGCCGAGUAUCGCCUGCGGAGACUCGACGAGCCGGCGGUCCAUCGGGAGGUUGAUCCCAAUGCUGCUGUCGAUGAUGAAUUACCGCCAUAUUCCAGAGUCGACCCUAAUGAAGGGAGAAUAGUCAGCCAGGAAGGAAGAGAGCCUGAGAUUGUGGAAGGGCCCAUUGAGUUGGCUCAUCUCAGAGGGAUUCGAAAUCCGCCCUUUCAACCGGUGGACGAGCAGGGAAAUACCCCAGCUCCGGCGUAUGAGCUUCACCAGUGGCCACCAAAUCUCAGGACGUUACGGCGCCCAGAGACCUAG